AUGUCUGAACAAGAGGAUAUCGCGCCUAUUACCCACGCUCCCACCACCGGUGCCAGUGAUACCAUCCCCGUCGUCGACGACGCCAAUGUCACCCCGGAGGGCUACGACUCCAUGCGUGAUCCGGACUCUGAUGCACAGCUCCAGAAGGACGAGGCCGAGGCUGCUGAUCCGAGUAAUAUCUUGGAGGGGGAGCGUUUGAGGCAUGCUAAGCCUGUGCAGAGUUAUGCUGAGCCUGGUGAUGAGGAGGGGUUGCCUGAGGAGUAA